AUGCGUUUCGCCUCGGUCGUCCCGCUCCUCGCGGCCUCUGCCGCCGCCACUCUGCACGAGCUCGCUCUUGAGGCCGGUCUCCAGUACUUUGGCGCCGCUACUGAUGCCCCUGGUCAGAGAGAGCGAGCAGGUCUGAACGCAGCCUACCCUCAAUACGAAGCCGUCCUGCGGGAGGAGUUUGGCCAGACGACUCCAACGAACGGUCAAAAGUGGCUAUUCGUCGAGCCCUACCCCGGCAUCUUCAACUUCACCGAGGGCGAGAUCAUCUCAGCCGUGGCCGCCAACAACUCCCAGAUCCUGCGCUGCCACGCGCUGGUCUGGCACUCGCAGCUCGCCCCCUGGGUCGAGGCCAAGACGGACUGGACGCCCGAGACCAUGCGGGCCGCCAUCGUGCGGCACGUCAGCACCGUGGCCGCCCACUGGCGCGGCCGCUGCGCGCACUGGGACGUGGUCAACGAGGCGCUCAACGAGGACGGCACGUACCGCGAGUCCGUCUUCUACCGCGUCCUGGGCGAGGAGUACAUCAAGCUGGCCUUUACCGAGGCGGCCAAGGCCGACCCCGGAGCCAAGCUCUACUACAACGACUACAACAUCGAGUCGGUCGGGCCCAAGAGCCGGGGAACCAAGAGGAUCGUCAAGAUGCUCAAGGACGCAGGUAUCAAGAUUGACGGCGUCGGUCUGCAGGCCCACCUCAUCGCCCACAACGCGCCCAGCUUGGACCAGCAGAUCGCCGUCAUCGAGUCGUACGCCGACGACGGUGUCGAGGUUGCCUAUACGGAGCUUGAUGUCCGCCUGCAGCUCCCGGCAAACGAGACGAACCUGGAGCAGCAGAAGCAGGUGUACAAGAGCUCCGUCGGUGCUUGUGUCCAGACCAAGGCCUGCGUCGGCGUCACCAUCUGGGACCUGUACGACCCCUUCAGCUGGGUUCCUUAUGUGUUCCCGGGAGAGGGCGCUGCGCUCUUGUGGUUUGAUGACUUUUCCAAGCACCCUGCCUACGACGGCGUGGUCGAGGCCUUGACCAACGGCACCAAGUGUGAGAAGAGCAAGAGGAAGCGAUCUCGCAUCGAACGCAGCGCAAAGCUGUACUGA